AUGUCUGAGACGCCGAGGCCAAGCUACGUGGAGUACGGAGAGCAUGAGAAAAAAUCGUUGAGCAAGAGCUGGGAUGCAGAAAGCCGAUUCCGGCUCCAGGAGAAUGCACUCAGCUUGCCCACUGGCGAAGACGACACCGCUCUGUUCAGGGUCAAAGUCGAGCUGGGGCUUCACGAGCUCACGGCCGCUCUUACUAGCCUUAGCCGUCGAAUUGACAAGCUGGAGGAGAACACAGCCCCUCCCGAUACGGAAAAGCAGGAUGAGGCAGUGAAGGAACUCGCUCGCAGCGCCCGUUGCCUCUCCCAGGCCCUGCCAGGUAUCGCGUCAGCGCGGACGAGGCGGCGCGCUCUACACGGCUAUUUUCGCGAGGGUGACGAGAAGAGGGGCGGCUAUGGGGACAGGAAUGAUCCGGCUGCCAGGGCUCUCGUCAUCGAAGGCCUGGCGUGCCUGGCGGGCAAGGUCAGGGUGGAAACGGCUCGGGGUAAGGCCAACGGUGGGGGGGUAUGGUCGAGCACAACCAGAGCUACCCGUGGGUUGAGCCCGUCGCCCCGUCGCCAAAAACAGUCGACUCACUCUUCUGUAGGAGAGACAGGCGUGGCAUCGGAGGAGGAGAAAAUGCUUCAAGGAGUGAUUUCUCGCGAUGGUGGCGACGGAGACACGCGAAUGUUAGCACCCGCUUCGGAACGAGAUUUCUCUUCGCUGAGAACUUUGGCUCUACCGAAAGGGUUCGCGCCGGAAGGUGCGGUCAAUGCUGUCACCGCUGCUGCUCCGGCGGCGGUGGUACAACGAACCAAAGCCAGCGAAGUACCCAAGGACAAGAGCGGCGGAAGCUUCUCGCCCGAAGGGGUUUCGCUGGAUGCGUUGGAGAUUGCGCGACCGCAGAACCAGCGAUCUUUGUUGGAUGCGGAAGGCGGGAAGAAAACGCCUUUGGUGGACGGCGAAAGGCGCUCGUCGUUCAGUUGCCGGGACAAAGUUUCGCUAGAACGGGAUGGCAGAGCGCGGCUCGUGGAUGCGCAGGGUUUCUUCGACUUGGGGGCUGCUGGUACAUGCAGGGAGGACUCGGCGGGGCUCGCGGGGUUGGAGGGGAAACAAUCGGAGGGUCCCUACCCCGAGAUCUCCGAUCGCGGCGUAGCGGAGCUUGAGGCAAAGUUGGAGGAUCUCCGUAAGAUCGGAGACAGGAUCAAGGAUGAGGCGGCGGCUACGAUGGAACCGAGCGUGACGAUUCCAACCCAAGAUUUUUGUGAGUCGGGCUCGCCUUUUCCGCCAUCUCGGCACCCGCACCACCAUCAACAGACGAGUCGCAGCGGGCGAACUCGCGGGAGCAAACUGGUCGGCGCUGCUACGGGUUCUGCCUUUACGUCGGCGGAAUCGUCUCCGUGUCGUUCAGAGGUGGACCUUUUAUCGUCUGCGGUGCCACCCCCGAGACCGGGCGACCACCAGGGAACGGAGCCGGCCCUGUCGAAACUGCUGGCGCCGCCGUUCAACAAUGUAGCGCUGCGGGGGGAAUUUAUCGCAUCUCUGGAACAGCACCUCGCUCAGUAUGAAGAUUGUACAAGGCACACAGUUGAAGACGACGCUACGGGGAAAGCCGUAGGUGACGGGCAUGCUAAGGUCGACGAUAUGGUAGCGGCUUGCGACGGUGACGGAGACCAAGCCUGCCGCAACGGUAGCCGUGACAGGAGCGACGACACUUGCACCUCAUUCCUAGGAACGAUAACAUCCGUGAGGGAGAUUCCUUCGUCAAGUGUGGCCUCUGAGACCAGAUCGAAACAACCGGUUCGGGCUGCGCCGAAAGAAGUCGAGGAGGCUGAAAACGCUACCCCAAACGCUACAGGUGCGACAAGCGGUGUGUCAAGGGAAGACACGGAUGGUCUGGUGGAGGGAGAGGGACAUCACGAAAAGACGCCGAUCGAGGAAACUACUGCUGGGAUGGAAGCGAAGACGUCAAUAAACUGGGCCCAGGAGUAUCAUGACUACCUGUGCAGCAAAGAUCCAUGAAGGUCCUAUCCAGUUGUAUGCGUGUGUAUGGAUUUGGUUCAAUGGAUGGGCGUUGAAGUCUCGGGAGGAGGUAUUGCGUGCAAGAAGAGGCUUGAAGCUGACGUAAGCGGCGUACCUAGAUGGCCUUUACAUAGCACGGGCUCGUGAAGUGUGUGUAGAGAGAAAGUAUUCUAUGUCUCUAUCUGCAGCUCGUACGUACCACAGGAGGAAAAACGUGAUGCUAGUGAGACCCAUCUUUUUGGGGAGCAAAUCUUCCUUUGGGCAAAUCUUGCCUUUUUCGACCUUUGGGGCAGCCUGCGUCGCGAACGAAUGAAAAUCAGCAUGUUCGACCCUCGAGAAAAGUCACAGCUUUGGUUGAGAUGUC